CGAGGACUUCUACCGCGAGGCCAUCGAGCACUGCCGCAGCUACAACGCGCGCCUGUGCGCCGAGCGCAGCUUGCGCCUGCCCUUCCUCGACUCGCAGACCGGCGUGGCCCAGAACAACUGCUACAUUUGGAUGGAGAAGACCCACCGCGGGCCCGGUCUGGCCCCCGGACAGAUCUACACGUACCCUGCCCGCUGCUGGAGGAAGAAACGGAGACUCAACAUCCUGGAAGACCCCCGACUCCGGCCCUGCGAGUACAAGAUCGACUGUGAGGCGCCCCUGAAGAAGGAGGGUGGCCUCCCUGAAGGGCCGGUCCUUGAGGCUCUGCUGUGCGCUGAGACGGGGGAGAAGAAGAUUGAGCUGAAGGAGGAGGAGGCUAUUAUGGACUGUCAGAAACAGCAGCUGCUGGAGUUUCCACACGACCUCGAGGUGGAAGACUUGGAGGACGACAUUCCCAGGAGGAAAAACAGGGCCAAAGGAAAGGCAUACGGCAUCGGGGGUCUCCGGAAACGCCAGGACACCGCUUCCCUGGAGGAUCGAGACAAGCCGUAUGUCUGUGAUAUCUGUGGGAAACGGUAUAAGAACCGGCCUGGGCUCAGCUACCACUACACCCACACCCACCUGGCUGAGGAGGAGGGGGAGGAGAACGCCGAGCGCCACGCCCUGCCCUUCCACCGGAAAAACAACCAUAAACAGUUUUACAAAGAAUUGGCCUGGGUCCCUGAGGCACAGAGGAAACACACAGCCAAGAAGGCGCCUGAUGGCACUGUCAUCCCCAACGGCUACUGUGACUUCUGCCUGGGUGGCUCCAAGAAGACAGGGUGUCCUGAGGACCUCAUCUCCUGUGCUGACUGCGGACGAUCAGGACACCCCUCGUGUUUACAGUUCACGGUGAACAUGACAGCAGCCGUGCGGACUUACCGCUGGCAGUGCAUCGAAUGCAAGUCCUGCAGCCUGUGUGGCACCUCGGAGAACGACGGUGCCAGCUGGGCGGGUCUCACCCCCCAGGACCAGCUGCUGUUUUGUGACGACUGCGAUCGGGGUUACCACAUGUACUGCCUAAGCCCCCCCAUGGCGGAACCCCCAGAAGGAAGCUGGAGUUGUCACCUUUGUCUUCGGCACCUGAAAGAGAAGGCCUCUGCCUACAUUACCCUCACCUAAGCCUGGCUCUGGCUCACCUGGACCUCUGGGGUGGUGCUGCCUACCUGCCUCUCCGAUUCCCCUAUUCUCUCCCACCCUUCAUGCCCCGUGGUGGGCACAGGACAGGGAGAUGCCCGAGAGGGGGCUGGGCCAGCCUGCCCUCUGUGCAAGUGGAAUGUCUGCCCUGUGGGUCUGUGGGCCCCUCAGGCAUCACUCCCUUCCUUCCUCCCUCCCCAUCCCUUGGCAAAUGGGCACCAGGGGCUUCUGCUCCCAUCAAAGCCAUACCCCGCCUCUGGGCGGGCACAGGGGGGUGGAUGCCAGCCAGGGACAUGGACAGAGCCUUUUUCUAAAGAAAAAGACAAAAAGUUAAAAAAAAAAAGAAAAAAAGAAAUUAAUAUAUACAAAGAUUCCUAUAAGGCCUGCUGGGUGAAGGGCCAGUGCUGAGAGCCACAGGGCACCGGUCUAUGCCAACUUCCUGCCUGGCCCCUCUCCCCCCAGUUCUGGAGUCGCGGCCUCCUGUCCUCGUGUGCCCAGGGGGGUGGGCGUGCUGCCCCGCCCCUCGCCCUCCCGGUGCCCACCAUGGAUACUGCAUGAUGUGAACUGUGGUUUUGAACUCUGUUCCCGCCCCCUCCCCGAGCCCCACCCUGUGCCCACUCGUGAGCCUGCCCUGGCUGGCGGGUGGCGGCCUGUGGGGCAAGGCGGGCCCCUGCCCAGCGCCUGCUGGAAUGAGAAGCACAGACCCCGCACCGGACUCAUUUUUCCUCCUUCCUGGCCCCUCUGCCUCACCCUGCCAGGCUGGGGUGCCCCCUGCCACCUCGUUGGCCAUUUGGGGGUGGCGAGGGGGUGUGGCUGUUUCUUGUGGUUGUGUGUGUUUGUUGUUUGGAUUUAAAAAAAAGGGAAAUUGAGACUGCAAGUGGGGGAGGUGGUGGGUUUGGGGGGACUCCCCGACUCCAGGCGCGCCCCCCCCCCCUUGUACAUGAGUCUCCUUUAUUGCCUGCCUCUGCUGUGAAUUAACUUGUUCUGUGUAUUAAACUGGGCCUGACCCCUCUGCCCA